UAUUCUGCACAGUAAUACCAAUCAUUUCAAGAUCAUCAGGGAGUAAAUUAACAACGUGAUUCAAGAAAGAAAUAUAUAAUCGAUCAUGGGUAGAGCUAGCAGAAUUAAUCCAAUGGGUCGAAGGAUUUUAACCGGAUUUGAAGAUCAAUCAAAGUUUUCAUCAGGUCGUGUUGUUGUUGAUGAUGCAGUUGAUAUUACUGAUGAUAUGGUUUUAGCGUUUUUUGAUGGUGAAGAGCAACCGUCUUCAUCGUCUUCUUCGUCUGGUGAAGAUGGAGACGAGGAUGAGGAAAUGGUAGAGAAUUUAGAGGAGAGAAAAGCUUUCUGGGAAAAUCAACACCAACUUCUCCAUGCAACGAUUACAAAAAGUAGCCCUCUGGAAUCAAGUAUCCGGAACGCAACCAAACAGGCCCUGAAAGAAGCCAAAUUGAUCACCGGCACCAUUUGUAAAUGUGGGAUUUUAGUUGACGGACGUCGGAAUUGUAUUCUGAGACAUGUCUCUGAUCAUUUAUGCGCUGCUGGUUUUGAUGCCGCAAUUUGCAAGUCUAAAUGGAGGAGUUCUACGCACAUUCCAUCAGGUGAACAUGUAUACUUAGAUGUGAUGGACAACAAUUCAAGUUCUAAGAGGAAAGGAGAAGUUACAAGAGUUGUAAUUGAGUUAAAUUUUAGAGCGGAAUUUGAGAUGGCCAGAGCAAACAAUGAAUACAAUCAAUUAAGCAGUCGAUUGCCGGAAGUAUUUGUGGGUAAAGCGGAAAGAUUACGCGCAGUGAUUAAGAUAAUGUGUGGUGCUGCUAAAAAAUGCAUGAAAGAAAACAAAAUGCAUAUGGGUCCAUGGAGAAAGCAAAAAUACAUGGAAGCUAAAUGGUUUGGAAUAUGCGAAAGAACAUCCAUUUUUUCAUCCCUAAAGCAGGCGUUGUCCAGUUGUCAGUCUACCAAGCCGAGAACUUCCCUGUUGUCAUUUAAUUUGGUUGAGAGAUUACCUACGGUGCACUGCACUGCUGUUGAAGUUUUGUAAUAUUUUGUAUCAUUCUUUUGUUAACCUAACCACCACCACUGACCACACCCCGGCACCGCCUAUUCAUUUUGUACUGCAGAUUGCCUUAUAGUGUAGGUGGGAAAUUCAAAUAAUGAAAAAGUUCGAUUUUAAUUUCCGUUUUA